GUAGUUCCACAAAGGCCUCUGCUCUCUCUCUGUCGCUCCCAAAGCUUCCCUCCCUUUUCUUAACAGCUGUUUAUAGGAAGUCCUAACCCUAUAAAUUGCGGAAGAAGGCCUUUCUUUCCUUUUUAACAGUGCCUCUCUGCCUCUCCCCCUCCCCUGAACAGCUUUAUUGAACAGUUGUAAUGGCGGUUGCUUCCUUCUCUGCUCCGCAUUCUUUAUUCCUCACCAGGAACUCGGAGAGUCUGGGAGCUUGCAAAACCGCUUGUCGAUGUGCUCCUGUGAGGUACCAGUUGGCCAAUUCUCUGCAGUUUUCGAAUGGAAGACCAUGCAUACCGGUGUAUAAAGAUCAGGACAUACCGGACCUGUUAGUUAAUAGGCAUUAUCAGGACAUGGUCCAAAAGUGUGAUACACGCCUUCGUAUAUUCUCGGGCACUGCAAAUCCUUCACUAUCACAGGAAAUAGCAUGCUACAUGGGUCUAGACCUUGGGAAAAUAAAAAUCAAGAGGUUUUGCGAUGGUGAGAUUUAUGUCCAGUUGCAAGAGAGUGUGAGGGGCUGUGAUGUCUUUCUGGUGCAACCAACCUGCCCUCCAGCGAAUGAGAAUCUUAUGGAACUUUUGGUUAUGAUUGAUGCUUGUCGAAGGGCAUCUGCAAAAAAUAUUACGGCAGUUAUUCCAUAUUUUGGAUAUGCCAGAGCCGAUAGAAAGACUCAGGGGCGCGAGUCUAUUGCCGCAAAACUUGUUGCAAACUUGAUAACAGAAGCUGGUGCUAAUCGUGUCCUUGCUUGUGAUCUUCAUUCUGGACAGUCAAUGGGAUACUUCGAUAUACCAGUUGAUCAUGUCUAUGGACAGCCUGUAAUUUUAGAUUACCUGGCAAGUAAGAUGAUUUCCUCAGAUGACUUGGUAGUUGUUUCACCUGAUGUUGGGGGUGUUGCUCGAGCACGUGCUUUUGCUAAAAAGUUGUCUGAUGCUCCUUUGGCCAUUGUGGAUAAAAGGCGUCCGGGACAUAACAUGGCUGAGGUCAUGAAUUUGAUUGGUGAUGUCAAAGGGAAGGUUGCUGUCAUGGUGGAUGACAUGAUUGACACUGCAGGCACGAUUACCAGUGCUGCAUCUUUGUUGCACCAAGAGGGGGCUAGAGAAGUCUAUGCAUGUUGCACUCACGCUGUUUUCAGUCCACCGGCGAUUGAGAGGCUGUCUGGAGGCCUCUUUCAGGAAGUGAUUGUCACUAAUACGAUCCCCUUAGCAGAGAAAAACUAUUUCCCUCAACUAACUGUUCUAUCUGUUGCAAACCUCCUUGGUGAGACCAUAUGGCGUGUUCAUGAUGACUCCUCUGUGAGUAGCAUCUUUCAGUAAAAAAUCUUAGCUUCAUCUCCGUCUCUCUACACUAAGCCUUCCCGAUCUAUUUUUCCUUUUCCUUUUCUUUCUUUUGGGGUUCGGCUCCUUGGUUUAUUGGUAGGACUCGAAAGCUGCAAAUAAAUUUCCAAGGUUUUAUCCCAGUUUUACCAAAGAAAAAACAAGAAAAACUAGCUUACCCACACAGAAAAGCGAGAAAAAAAUUAAGGGACAAACUCACAAGAAGUAGAUCUCCUUGGGUCAUCAGUUGGUGACACUGUUCAUGUAUUUCUGUUUACAGUUGGUAAAAUUUCUAGGUUAGCUUCAUUGCCUAUUGGAUCGGCAACUCACAGUUAUGGGAGUUUACUGUCGCUUGACCCCUUUAUUUUGCCAUUGAUUUUCAUUACAAAUCUUCUAGAAUAGCUUCAGAGUCAAAAUUAAGCAGAUGGGUUCCUUAGAUGGAAGGAUAAAUUAUUCAGAAAAGAGUACGAGAAAUUAUGGAGGGCAUUUUUGGCCACUGGUAAGAUGUUUCGUUGGAAUGACUGAACGAUGAAAUUGAGCUGAGUAGUCAGGACUAUACCAUGCUUUUGAAGCCGAUCAAGAUUAGAAUGGAUGCUCCAGAUUUCCAAGAAGCAAAUGUGUGUCGAUCAAUCUUGAUCAUCCGGUUGCAUCAAAUGAAAAUUUGUACUCUGAUUGACAAAGCAUGGCCGGUCUGUCAUUUUGUAAUUAUUACUGCAUUGAACUUUCUAAUUUAUGUAUGUGAAAGUUUUAUCAUGAUUCAUAGCAAUAAAAACAGUGUGAGUUUUUACACCCA